CCUUGGGUAAUGGCUUGACUUCGGAACCGGAAGUUUGAACCUUAUGAAUAUUCAUUGCUAUCCACGCGUCUCUAACGAAGAGUCGUUGCCAUAUUCCACCUGAGUGGUGCCGAAACCCGCUUCGCCACAACAAACGGUACCUUUACUAUCGAGUAAUUUAAGAUACAGCAUCAUGGCAGCUGAGAAGAAAGUUAUUCUGGUGACUGGAGGCACAGGGUUAGUGGGAAAAGCCAUCGAGGCAAUUGCUCGUGAAGAAGAGAAAAGGUCUGAUGAAGAAUGGUUCUUUGCCUCCAGCAAAGAUGGAGAUUUAUCAGACCGAGCCCAAACCCAGGCUCUUUUUGACAGAGUCAAGCCAACACAUGUAAUUCAUCUGGCAGCCUUAGUUGGUGGCCUGUUUCGCAAUCUCAAAUACAACUUGGAUUUCUUUCGUAUCAACUCUCUAAUAAAUGACAAUGUGCUAAACAUCAGCUACCAGACUGGUGUGAAGAAAGUUGUAUCAUGCUUGUCAACCUGCAUCUUUCCUGACAAAACCACAUACCCCAUUGAUGAGACCAUGAUCCACAAUGGGCCGCCUCACACUAGUAAUUUUGGAUACUCCUAUGCAAAGAGGAUGAUAGAUGUACAGAACAGAGGAUAUCAUCAGCAGCAUGGUUGCCACUUCACUGCUGUGGUGCCUACCAAUGUCUAUGGUCCUUAUGACAACUUUAAUCUGGAAGAUGGGCAUGUGUUACCAGGCCUUAUUCACAAAGCUCAUACGGCUCAGAAGGAGAAGAAGCCAUUUGUCAUAUGGGGCACUGGAGCACCACGCAGACAGUUCAUCUACUCCCUUGACCUUGCUCGUCUGAUGAUCUGGGUUCUGAGAGAGUACCAGGAGAUUGAUCCCAUCAUCCUCUCAGUGAGUGAAGAGGAGGAAGUGUCCAUCAAAGAGGCAGCUGAGGCUGUGCUAGAGGCAAUGAACUUCAAAGGAGAAGUGAUCCUUGAUACAACCAAAUCUGAUGGUCAGUUCAAAAAGACAGCUAGCAAUGCUAAGCUGAAGAAACUGCGUCCUGACUUUAGGUUCACUCCCUUUAAACAAGCAAUCAAAGAGACAUGUGAUUGGUACCUGACAAACUACCCAAAAGUUCGCUUAUAAAGGGAACGCCUUCAGAUCCUUCGCUUCACUCAGUGGGAAUACAGCUACUUGGUUCUAUUUUUGAUUUAAAUCCCCCUCCCCACACUAACAACAUAUUUGCCCUGUUGGUUUAACAUCCUGAAAUCCAUGACCAAGAUUUAUUGUUGCAAUCUCUGUUUUCUUAUAAACUUCAUCUUCAGGCCAGGAGUAACAAAUGAUCGGAUAAGCAUAAGACAUUAAUUGUUGCUGCACAAUCAACGUACAAGUGAUAACAGGAUCAAGUCAAAACGAAGGUAACGAAUUACAGGUUCAGUUUAGGUUACUGUUUAACAAAACAUUCCACAUGCUGUCUGUACAUGUGAUGUGAACAUAUCAUUUUGACUCCAAAAGUUCAAUUUAUGUUGGUGAAACUUUGCGCGUUUUUGAAUUUACAACAAAUGUUACCUUUCCUAAAUGACAGCUGCUUUACAAAAGUGUGAGUCUGGUGACAAAAGGUUUGGUAUUGAAGACUGUUAGUUUUACAAGGAUCAAGUAAUCAUUUUCCAACAUUUUCCGUUGUAAUUAUUAGUACAAGACUGAUAUUAAGAAUUUAUGAUGUGACAGUGUUAUACAAUUGUGUUGCAUCUAAUAUUCUUAGUGCAAUGCUGAUGAGUAUGUAUGUACUUGAGUGGUUAGAGCACUGGCACCUGAGCCCAGAAUACCUGUAUAGAGCAUCUACUUAAUGAAGAUUAAUUGAAUGUCCCCUUGUCAAUCCAGGAAUGGUUACAUGAACUCCAUAGAGACUUUCAGAAGUCAGCAUGGGAAAGGAGAUGGGUAAUGGUCUCAAAAAAAAUAGUGGCCUCAAGAAAAGUGUAUUGUUAAACAUCUCACUCCUCCAUAACUGAAGGCGCAAAUGAGGAUUUUAUGACUACUGCACUUAGUUGCACUGAAGUAACUUUAGUCAGCUACACAUAGGUACUUAUCAACGUGGGAUAUGGGGAAAGUGGGUUGUUUAAAUGGAGGUCAGCUUGCCGAAUGUAACAAUUGCUUUUUUGGAUAAAUUAUUUUAAAAAAACUGGUGUAUUUUUUAACAUGUUAUCGAGGUAAUUUUUUUAGUUUAAUUUUCGUAUUGUUGGACUUGUUUUAUGUCAGCUCAGGAGUUUGCUUACACACUGAAAGGUUGAACAGAUUGUGUGUCCAGAAAAGAGUACUCUUGGAUAUGUUAGCAGGGUGGUUUUUUUUUGGUUAUGUUUUUUUAAUAUGCCAAACAACAGGGUUUUUAUGUGCUAUGCUACCUUGCUGUGUCCAAACUCUAUUAACAGACCAUUUUGUAACAUUGUGAUCAUCACUGAAUUUUCUGAAAUCACAAAUUUUUGUUGUACAUUGUAACACAAGAAAGGAAACCAGUUAAAAAAAAUUUUUUUCAAGUAAAGAGUGAGAAUAGAUAGUAUAUAAUAAAUUGCUGCCAAGCCAGAACAUUACUUGAAUCAAAUUUGGUGUCAUAACCAGAUCUGGUUUUUAAGAAAUGUAUAAUAUUGUCAUCUCUGCCUUGCUCUUUGACAAAAGGAACAAAAUUGCCCAACAAGUAAAAGCAUACAUUUUCACAUUUCAUUAUCUUUUUUCAAGGAACAAGAUCGUUUCACAUGUUUGUAAUUUGUUAAUGGUGGGUUAUGUUGGUAAAAAUAACAAUACUG